AUGGAAAAUAGUAGUCAAAAUAUAUUAAAUACUUUAAGUAAUACUCCAGGCUAUUCUCUGGAUUUUGCUCCAAUAAUCAAUUCAAAACAAUACUUUGAAUUUAUAGUCAAAUUCUGGAAUAUAUUACGUUAG